AUGGAUAGCCUCAUGAAGUAUGCCAACUUCUUCUACAAGUGCGUUGGCAUUGAGCCCUAUUCGAGUCGCACGCGUUCGAGGGGACCUACAACUUGGAUUACCUUUGUCUUUUGGGCAAACACCAUUAAUGUGAUCAUUGCGGUGCUCGGCGAGGUGGCGUUUGUGAUUAAAGCAUUUGUCACUGGCGAUCAUAUUGUGGAGGCCAUCAUGGUCAUGUCCUACAUAGGAUUCGUCGUGGUGGCCCUUAGCAAAAUGUUCUGUGUGUGGUUGAAAAAAGUGGAGCUCAGCCAAAUCAUUUGGGAUCUUGAGGAUUUAUUUCCACGUGACAAGGUAGCUCAAGCUGCGUAUCGAUUGGAUGAUUAUUUGCAUUCCUGCUCCCGCAUCAGCAUUACCUUUGCCAUGCUCUAUACCGUGCUGAUCUGGACGUUUAAUCUGUUUAAUCUCAUGCAGUAUUUCAUUUAUGACUUGUGGCUGAAUACGCGAGUUAUUACAGAUACUCUGCCCUAUUUCGUGUAUUUACCCGGGCUCUCAGGGGACAAUUGGACCUACUAUCUUCUGCUGUUCUGCGAAAACUUUGCUGGCUGCACCGCGGCAGCGGGUCAAGUGUCUACGGAUUUGUUGCUUUGCGCUGUAGCCACCCAGAUAAUCAUGCACUUUAAUUUCUUGGCAAAGAUGAUUGAGGAUCAGCAGCUGACGGGUAGUUGGGAGCAGGACUCACGGUUCCUUUCUGAUGUUGUAAGCUAUCAUAAUCGUUUGCUGCGUCUCUCCGAUCAGUUAAAUCAGAUAUUCGGUAUACCUUUGAUAUUGAACUUUAUAAUCUCUUCAUUUGUGCUCUGCUUUGUGAGUUUUCAAAUGACCGUGGGUGUGCAGCCCGAUGAGAUGGUCAAACUUCUUUUGUUUCUUGUUUCCUCGCUGUGUCAGGUCUACUUGAUAUGCUAUCAUGGACAGCUGAUAGUCGAUGAGAGUUUUAGCAUUUCUAUGGCCGCUUACAGACACAACUGGAUCAAUACAGAUGUGCGCUACCGCAAAGCUCUUGUCUUUAUCAUAAAGCGCUCGCAGAAGCCAAUUUAUCUAAAGGCAACUGUCUUUAUACAGAUCACCAGAGGCACCAUGACCGAUCUGCUGCAAUUGUCGUACAAGUUUUUUGCGCUGCUACGCACCAUGUACGUCAAAUAG